AUGUAAGAUAUAUAAAAGAGUGAUGGAGAUGAGAUAGUUUUUCACAUUACAAAAAAUGCUGAGCAAUACGAACCAAAUAUAGUAUUAGAGAGUUUGCCUAAUGACAAACCAGUCUAGAAUUCAAUUAGAUUUGAAGAUAUUAAAUUAGUAUAGUCAUUACAAGUAUCAGGAGAUGGCCAUUAUUAAUCUGUUAGAAUAAUCUGUCCAUAAUGCAAGAUGAAGGUAAGUUUUUUUAAGAUUAUAUUUUUAGAUUAAUACAAUCAUAACUAGAAAGGUUGGAUUAUAUACUUUUAUAGCUGGAGCACUUCUUAUUUUCUGUUCUUUUGGAUUUAUAUGUGUUUCUUGUACUCCUUGUUUUAUAGAUGAUUGUAAAGAUGUUUAACAUUCUUGUCCAAAUUGUAAUCAAUUUUUAGGAAGGACUUAGUUUAAUAUAUUUGAUGAUUGA